GUGUGCAAGGCAGAUAGGGAGAGGGUGAGCUCAUGUGUGUGUGUGUGUGCGCGGCGCUGUGUGUUGCUGUGCGUGAGCACAGUUCACAUCAGCAAGAGGAGGGAGACACCGUUUUCCUAUUCUUUCUCUCACUAAUCUCCUUGAAUGUAUCUCUGUCAACACAGCUACAGUCACCUGGAGAAGAACAGAAGGAAGAGGCAGAGGAGGGGCAGAGCGGCGGGCGGAUGAAGAAGGGGAGUGCCUCAGCAGCAGUCGGCAUCACACACAAUGAGUGCUGCUAACUGAUGUCCACCGUGCAGCCCAGCACGGGGAGAUAACACAGCCACUAUCACAUCCAGGACGGACAGCAGGCUACGGCAUCACGCAACCUGCCCUAAAUUCAGGACAAGGCCUGCAUUGCUGAGAAAAUUAAGGCAGGUUGAGUUUUCCCAGGGUGAGCCAGGUACUCAGGUCUCCUUUGCAGAGCUGUUGCUGUCUGACCUCCUCCCAGAGUGGGCUUCCGCAUCCUGGCCCCACCCGCUGGCUGUGAAGGAUGGGUAAUGGGCCUGUGACUGACACCGCCUGCCUGCUUCGUCCCACCCUCCAAUGGAGCCGUUGUGGAACUCCUCCCCCCCCGUCCCACAGCCCAACACCUCUGCCUCAGAGUCACCCGAGGGCAUGGCUCUGUCCCAGUCCCUAGCGCUGCUCGCCAUGCUGCUCAUGGACCUGCUGGCCGUGGUGGGCAACGGCGCCGUAAUGGCUGUCAUUGCCAAGGCCCCACAGCUCCGGAAGUUUGCCUUUGUCUUCCAUUUGUGCCUGGUGGACCUGCUAGCGGCCUUGGUGCUGAUGCCCCUGGGCAUGCUCUCGGGCCGGGCCUUCUUUGGCGAGGCCCUGUGCCGGAGCUACCUCUUUCUCAGUGUGUGCCUAGUCAGUGCCGCCAUCCUCUCCAUCUCUGCCAUUAAUGUGGAGCGUUACUACUACGUCAUCCACCCCAUGCGCUACGAGGUGAAGAUGACCCUGGGCCUGGUGGCCUCGGUGCUGGUGGGGAUAUGGGUCAAAGCCCUGGCAAUGUCUGCCCUGCCCCUGCUGGCCUGGGCCUUACAGGGUGGGAGGACUUCACUUCUGGAGGGAGCUGGUGUUGGGGGAGGGGGUGUCCCCUCACCCCCUGCUCAGGGUAACAGGCGCUGCUCCUUGCACUGGACGGGGGGUGGUUCGAACCGCGUGGCCUUCAUGGUCUUGUUCACACUGGUGUAUUUCCUGUGCCCGCUGCUCGUCAUCCUGGUGGUAUACUGCAGCAUGUUCAAGGUGGCACGGGUGGCAGCCAUGCACCACGGCCCCCUGCCCACCUGGAUGGACACGCCCCGGCGGCGGCGCUCCGAGUCGCUCAGCAGCCGCUCCACCAUGGUGACCAGCUCAGGGACGGGCACAGGGACCGGGGCGGGCCGAGACACCCCCCAGCGCACCUUCGGUGGGGGCAAAGCGGCAGCGGUGUUAGCAGCAGUGGGAGGACAGUUCCUGUGCUGCUGGCUGCCCUACUUCUCCUUCCACCUGUACUCAGCUCUGGCCUCGAGCCCUCCAGCCACGUUAGCCCCUUUGGAAGAGGUGGUCACCUGGAUCGGUUACUUCUGCUUUACCUCAAACCCAUUCUUCUAUGGCUGUCUGAACCGGCAGAUCCGGGAGGAGCUGGGCAAGCAUGUGCCUUGCCUGUUCCGCCGGGCGACAGGGGAGGAGGACCGACUGCCCAGCCGUGAGGGAUCUAUAGAGGAGAAUUUCCUGCAGUUCCUCCAGGGCACUGGCUGCAACCUGGAUCCCCAGGACUCCCACAGCACCUCCAGUCCUAAGGGAGAGGCCUGCCGGCCCCUGGCCCAGUCCAAGCCUCAGUCACCUCUGCCUCCACAACCCAUACCCAUGGACUUCCGCAUCCCAGGACAGAUUGCAGAGGAAACAGCAGAGUUCCUUCAGCAACACCAGAUAAAAAACAACCACAUCAUAUCAAACAGUUAGAUUUUUAUAAAUUUGAAGAAAGAACCUACAACCAGAAUAACAAUUACCAGAGCAAAUUAACCACUCUGGCUGAUAUGACAGCGUAUUUAAGGGAUCAUUAAUUCAUGAAGAUAUUUGUUUAUUUUAUUUAGUAGUCCACUGAUAAAAACAUGAAUUGCGUUUUUUCUCUGUACUGAAAACCUGAUUACACUUUUUUCAGAAUUAAUUAUCAGUGGACUAAUCAACAUAACUUAAAUAUGUUUUGAGUGAACUACCCAUUUAAGAUACAAUGUUUUUAUCUGUUCUGUUUGAUUGCUUUCUUUUUGACAAUUAAAAGCUGUGCAAUGGGAACUUGACUCACUGUUUUAGAUCGAGAUUUUGUCCUGAAUCACAUUUUGGAGUUUUACUUUCCAUUCUGUAAAGGGUACAAUAUGUAAUGUACCAUUUUGUGUAAUGUGCCCAUUGGACUAUCUACAAAUAAAUGGUGGGAACAUACCAUUUUUGGAAGAACAACAAUUGGCACAAUUCAGCUGCAGAGAUUCUGACAGGGUAAUAUUGCCAGUGAUGCUACUAUGUGUGUUGUUUGUUAGAAUGUGUUUUAGAAAAGUAAUUAUUUACGUACCUAUUUUUAUGUUACUUUGCAAGUAAUUGCUUGAACUAGUAUUUCAUUUAUGCAGAGAUAUUAACACUUCUGAAAAUGUCCUUUUGGAUUUCAAAUGAACAAGAACUUGAGCAAAAACUUUGUCAGAGUCUGUUAGCUAACUCUGCCUCUAUUCGCCCUUCCUUAAACAAAAUGAUGUAGUCUGAAUUUCAGAAGACAUCCACAGAUAAUGUAUCCUUGUCCCAAAUGAAUAAUUUAGAUCAAUAACUUAGCUUACAUACAUAAGCUGCAGAACAAAGAAACCAAGUCUUGCCAAUAAAUGUUGACGUAUUCUUGACCCCUUCACCUCUACAGACCAAGAAACUGAGCAAGGGAUCAUAAUGUCUCUAUGAUAAAGAUGUGCCUUUUAGAGAUGAUGACAGAACAACAGUACUGUACGGUAACAGUGCAAUGGUUGUUAGGAUGAGGCAGCUACAGUUUGCCAGGAAAGAGUAAAAAGUACAAUGGGUCAGCCACCUGUUGAUGACAGGUAAGCCUCUGGGCAGAUACCCUCUCUCUGGUGCUUUUUCUUGACACAUCAUCUGUGUUUUCCCAUAAGCAUGCCAGGUUUAUUGUGACCAGUCAGGAUGUAAUUAAUACUUUAUUUAUUCAACCAGAACUUCUUCUGGUCUGUCAGAAAAGUACAUUUGCCUAUCAUUUAUCAACAGUUUUGAUACUUCAGUACACCUCAAAUUUUCAUGGGCAGGUGUCCAGUUUAGGUGGGAUAUUUUUUGUUAAUCGUUGCACUAUAUUAGAUUUUUAUGGCUGACGUUUACAGAUUUAGGUGUGUUUUAUGUUUGAUAAAACCUAAUAGUGAAUUCAACUAUUCACCA